ACACCGAGGAAAGCGACAAGGGAGUGAAAACGAAGCGGAAUUAGUCAAUGAGAGAGAGAGGGAGGAGAGGAGAGAGGGAGAGAGGAAAGAAAAGGAGUGCGCGACACGGAGGCUGCUGGACUCUUGGGCCGAAGAGGACGUGGCGGGUCCGGCAGAGGUUUACCCUUUCAAUCACGACGGCGAGCCGAAGACGUAAAAAAACAAUGAGCUGGAGAAACAGCAGAGUCCUUGGAGAUCAGCACUUACCCUAACCCAGGGAACAAGCCUUGGCACCCAUCACGGAAAACAGAACGUGGCCUCUUCUAUUUUUCUCAGGUGUAAGGCCACCGUAACAUAUCAUAAUCAUUUUGUUCUAAAGCACAACCUCUGCUCCCAUAGCGGAAGCCAUAGCCCGCGUGAGGACUGGACUCUCCCGCCAUGGCAGAGCUGGAGAGUGAGUGUAUCUCUAUAGGGCUAAGCACUCUGGCGUCCGAGUGCGGCUCCCCGCCACUGGACCCGCUUCGACCAGAGUGCAGCACGCCGACCUUACACCUGCUCUCCUCCGACUGCCCGACGCCCAACCUCAACGCGCUGGCGUCCGAGAUCGUUGAGCCCAUGGUCAUGCUGCCGUGCGUGAAGACGGAGCCGCCGGACCUGGAGCCGAUCCACACGGUGGACCUGUCGGAGAUCCAGCCGCUCAGCAUGGCCGAGCUCGGGUCGGACCGGGUCAAGAUGGAGCUCAGCGGGCUGGACUACAUCAAGUCGGAGCACCACGGCGCGCACCACUGCGCCCACAUGCACUCGUUCCACGGCACCGAGCUGGACUCGUACAAGAGUCACUACGAGCCCAGCCUGGUGUUCGACUACAUCACGCACGUCUCCGACAGCCUGGAGUACAUCAAGUCCGAGCAGCACGCCGACCUGCAGUGCUACUACGCCACCGAGCUGAGCGCCAUCAAAACCGAGUACGAACCCAACCUCAUGUCCAGCCACAUCAGGUCCGAGAUCAACGGCCUCGAGUCCAUCCACAUGGCGGAGCUGCGAACCGAACUUAAUAAGCUGAGGCCGGACUCCCUCAUCGACGGCAUGGGGAAAAUGGAGUCCGAGUUCCCGGGUAACGACGUGUACGAGCUCGGCUCCGGCUCGGAGACGAAAGGCUCGCUGGAGACGGGCCACAUGGGGACCAAAGGGCACAGCGCGGGUCCGCGGAAGCCUCGCAACCUCAACGGCGAGAAGCCGUUCUCCUGCACGCAGUGCGGCAAGACCUUCAGCACUCUGGGGAACCUCAAGACGCACCAGCGCAUCCACACAGGCGAGCGGCCCUACAUCUGUCCGCAGUGCGGCAAGAGCUUCGGCCAGGCGGGCAACCUGAAGCGCCACCAGCUCAUCCACACCGGGCAGAAGCCCUACACCUGCGCACACUGCCCCAAGGGCUUCACCAAAGCGGACGACCUCCGCUCGCACCAGCGGCUGCACACGGGCGAGAAGCCCUUCUGCUGCCUCACGUGCGGCAAGAGCUUUAGCCAGUCCAAGGAACUCAAAACGCACCAGCUGAGCCACACGGGCGAGCGUCCUUUCUGUUGCCCGCACUGCGGCAAGACCUUCGUCAAGGAGACCAGCUUUCGGAACCACCAACAGAUCCACACCGGCGAGAAGCCUUACACGUGCUCCGAGUGUGGCAAGACCUUCAGCAAUUCAGGGGUCCUCAAAACGCACGAGAAGAUCCACUCGGGCGAGCGUCCGUUUGGCUGCACGCAGUGCGGCAAGAGCUUCGGGCGCUUAGGACAUCUUAAAGCACACCAGCAGAUUCACACGGGAGAGCGGCCGUACGCGUGCUCCCACUGUGGCAAGAACUUCAGCCAGUCAGGCCACCUCAAAGCACACGAGCAAAUUCACAAACGAGAGCGGCCAGACCUUAGCAGUGGCAGCAGUCUCAGUAACGAUAGUAGCUAAAAAAAAACAAAAAACUUUUAACUUCUCAGAGUAUUAUUCCUAUUUGGUUUUUUUUAUAUAUAAAUACUACAGUAUAUAUAUAAAUAUAUAUGUUUCCUUUAUGUUUUUCAUACCUUUUUAUGUCCUUUUUGCAUUAUGUUGUUUGGGGUCCAUGUUGUGACUGAUUUGCUCUUAUGCAAGUGUCUGUUUUUUGGGAAUCAGUGGCGUGACAGAGAGCUGAGUAGAGAGCUUUGUACCUUGUCAAAACUGUGUUGUAGUGAGUGCCAUUCCAGUUGCUUUCUUCCGGUAAAAUACUCACCAUGUACACAUUUAUUGAUGAUAACAUGUAAUUCCUAAACCUUGUACUGGAAUGAGUUAUUAAAAAGAAACUAAUGUAA